GAGAAGAGGAAGCAGACGGAGUUUGUGUCGGAGCUUUGUGAACGAACUUGGGUCCUGGCGACAGACAUGAAGGCGGGUAAAAGCCCCGAGAUGUCCUUGGCGCCUCGCCUCCUCCGCGAGGUGAUGGGCCUCAUGGACAUGAAAGACCUGAAGGAGUCGAAGCUGAUCUUCAAGCUGGCCAGAUCUGCUCUGGUCCUGCUUUCCCUGGAGGUGGCUACACAAGGUGUCCCCGUCUCGGGUGUUCAGGCUGCCUACCAGAACAUUUCUCAGGUGCUCUUCAAAUAUUCUCAGAAGGAAGGCAAUGACACCGAGUUCCUCUCCGAGAAGCUUAUCGAGCCCCUCCUCGAGGUUCUGGAGUCCGAGAGCCCCGCGUGCUGCGCAGCGGAUCUUCGGGUGUACAUCGUGGGCAUCCUCAAGAACGUCUCCAACGACACAGCAAAUCAGAAGUCGGGAUGCGACAAGGUCACGACCUCUGGUCGCGCGCUGCUCUACGCAGCCGCCGAAGUGCAUCUGCCUGUGGUCGUGGUGGCGCGUGUGUUGGCGCGAAACGUGCUGACCGGUGUUUCCCAUCAGGUGGGACUGCUUCCCGGUCUGGCCCCUCUGCUUCUACACUCUUCUGCCUUUGUCCUUGAGGUGAGGGCCUACCGUGGUUGGCAACGCGUCCUCCGGGAUCACCUCGGCCGCACACGACCGCAGGACACGAUGGAUGACGUCUACGUCAUCACCAUCUUCACCUCGGCGGACGGCGUGAAAGUGAGCUGCGACUCACCGGAAGACUGGGAGAGAGCGGGAAAGCAAAUGGAGGUACAAUAUUACCUCCAGUGGCAGUAG